ACCUAACCUAACCUAACCUACCUGAACUGGAUCGUGUAUCUGUCAGUUGAGUUGAGUUUUUCUUUCUAAGGCCGAAUUUUCCUGUUCAAUAAGUUUUCUACGAAGUUAUUCUUCUAUAGAUUGAGGUAAGAGAAAAAUUAAUUGUAGAUUUUAUAAAUUGUAUGUGCGGGGCAUUUAGGUUCAACCAUUUACAUGGCCAGUUGAUAAGAUUUGAAUCUAUCAUGAAAUAAUGGAUAAGAAGAUAUUGAAGAGAAGUUUUUCAUUGACUAAUAACUUGAAAAAUACAGUGAGGAAGGUGUAUUUGCCAAAUCCAAAUAAAAAGCGACUUGUGGUUUCCAAAGUGCCAAAAUGUCCAUCAACAGAAACUUUCAGAGGACCCAGAAUCAACAAACUGGGUAUUCAAAUGUUGUCACAACCCAUCCACGAUCAGUUAUUCAAGAAAAACCAAGCGGACAAUUGCGAUCCAAUCACAUUAGAAAGAUGCAGAGCCAAUUUGUCUAAAUUUGAACUUGGACUCAAAGAAAAUAAAAUAGUUCCUGAUGUAGACUUCAAAAUUCCACCUUUGAGGGGGGAAAGUUUGCUGGAACAUUUUCAGCUUAUAGCGGAAGAACAAUCCGAUCCAUAUAAAAAUCUUAUUGUGAAAUUGUUGAAGAAUAUACCUCCAAUUCCGAAAAAAUGGAUAUUGCAGGAGGGAUGGACUAGGUACAGUCCUGAUUCUGAACCUCAGUCAGUUCCUUACCCUUCAGAGGAAGCUAUAGUUUUUGAUGUUGAAGUUUGUAUGAUGUGUGGUAAAGCACCAACUUUAGCGACAGCAGUGAGUAGUGAGGCUUGGUAUGCGUGGGUUAGCAAAUCGUUGAUUGAUGGGUCCAGUGAACCUGUGGUGCCUAAACAUUAUACUUCUGAUCAUAUGAUACCUCUGGAGAGCACAAAAGAAGAUAUUUCUCAUAGAAAAGGAAGACUAAACUUCAAGGAAUUCUUGAGGAAACCUAAAAUCGUAGUUGGACAUAACGUUUCAUACGACAGAGCUAGAAUCAAGGAGCAAUAUUGGUUAGAACGGACUGGGACGAGAUUCUUGGACACUAUGAGUUUACAUAUUGCUGUGAGCGGUGUUACUAGUUACCAACGGAUAUUAUUGAAAUCGAAUAAAACUGAAGAGGAAGAUGAAGGUUGGAAGAAUGUUAGUGCGUUGAAUAAUCUUGCUGAUGUUUAUAAAUUAUAUUGUGAUAAGAAGUUGAGUAAACAGACUAGAGAUAUAUUUGUGGUAGGUACUUUGAACGAUAUUAAAGCGGAUUUUCAAAAAGUUAUGAACUAUUGUUGUAAUGACGUUAUUGCCACAUACGAAGUUCUACAGAAGUUAUAUCCGAUGUUUUUGGAGAGGUUUCCACAUCCCGCAACCUUUGCGGGGAUGUUAGAGUUGAGUACAGCUUAUUUACCAAUUAAUGAAAACUGGGAUAAAUAUAUUGAUAGUAGCCAGCAAAGUUACGACGAUUUAGACAUUGAGAGAAAAAUUAAACUGACCCGUAGGGCAGACCAAGCCUGUAGUCUUCUCCAUAACGAAGACUACAAGAAAGACUUAUGGCUUUGGGACGAAGAUUGGGAAAUAAAGUAUUUGAAAGUGAAGAAGAGUUUGGACGAUUUGAAAAAGAAGAAAAAAUCGAAUAGUGAGGAUGUAAUACCGGUUGUGGAGAAUAAAGAAAAGAUUAUCAGUGAAGAUGAUGAGUAUGAUCCUUUGGAAGCAAAAUUCAGAGGCUUAUGGGAAACUAAGGAAAACUUGGGAAAAGUUAGACCACUACUGGCAGGUUAUCCGAAUUGGUACAGGAAAUUGUGCCCGAAACCGUUCUCCCCAAGUUCGGAAAAUUGGGUCCCGGGACCACAAUUGAUAAGCACAUCCAUGCAGAUAACCCCAAAACUGCUCAAUUUGACUUGGGAAGGUUACCCUCUGCAUUAUCUGAAAUCGAAAGGAUGGGGUUUCUUGGUCCCUUUCAACAACGACACCGAUAUCGAUCGGAGAUUACCGCUGGAACAACUGUUGAAGAAAUGUCCCCUACUGACCGACAAACCGAAAAGAAGCACCGCGGAAGACAACCUGAACGCGAUAUCUUCGAAGGUGCAGGAGGAAUUGAUGCGGAAAGAAUUUUAUUCUAGGGCCAAGCAAGACAAAACUGGUAAUCUGUACAAAGGUACCGGUAUCUGGUGUAAUACCGAAGUGGAAGAUUGCUGUUGGUUCUUCAAAUUACCGCACAAGAACGGUCCGUCUUACAACGUCGGUAACCCCCUUUCCAGAGACUUCUUGAACAAGUUCUCCGAAAACGUCUUGGCCGGCGAUACGGAAUCCGCCGAGCACAUACUGGCCAUAGCCAGGAUGCUGUCAUAUUGGAGGAACAACAGAGAUCGAAUCAUGGACCAGAUGGUCGUGUGGUUGAACCAGCAAGAGAUCCCGAAGAAGUUGCGUAAGGAGGAGGCGAAAAUGGGAGCUAUAAUCCCGAUGGUGGUAGUUUGCGGAACGCUGACCAGGAGAGCUGUUGAAUCCACUUGGAUGACGGCUUCUAACGCACACCCUGAAAGGGUCGGAUCCGAGCUUAGAGCCAUGGUGCAGGCUCCCAAAGGUUACAAUAUCGUGGGGGCCGACGUGGAUUCCCAAGAACUGUGGAUAGCGUCUUUGAUGGGAGACGCUUCGCAUUGCAAGGUCCAAGGGGGGACCCCUUUCGGUUGGAUGACCCUAAGCGGGAAUAAAGCAGACGGUACAGAUAUGCACAGUGUCACGGCUAAAGCUGUCGGAAUCUCCAGAGAUCAAGCGAAAGUGAUCAAUUACGCGAGGAUAUACGGGGCGGGUCAAAACUUCGCGGAACGCCUACUCAAACAGUACAACCCGACCAUAUCGGACGCUGAAGCCAAGAACAAAUCCCAGAGGAUGUUCAGCAUGACCAAAGGUCGACGAUUCUACACCUUGAGGAAGGAGUACGCGUUCGAAUUACCCGACCAGCCGUACUCCAAAUGGCAAGCGUUCGAGAUCGCCAAAUCCUUCGGCAAGCACGUGGACGACGUCUUCGAGAAACCCGUUUGGGUGGGGGGUACUGAAUCCGCCAUGUUCAACCGUCUGGAGCAGAUCGCCAACGAGAAGACGCCGACGACGCCCUUCUUGAACGGACGCCUGAGCAGGUCCAUCGAGCCCAAGUCCCUGAACGACGACAGAUACCUGCCGACCAGGGUGAACUGGGUGGUGCAGAGCGGCGCCGUGGACUUUCUCCAUCUGAUGCUGGUGUGCAUGAGGUGGUUGCUGAAGGACAGGGGCAGGUUCUGCCUGAGCUUCCACGACGAGAUACGCUAUUUGGUGCCGGAGGAGCAUAGGUACAAGGCCGCGUUGGCCAUGCACGUCACCAAUCUCCUCACCAGGUCGUUCUGCGUCCAGAAGUUGGGUCUGAACGAUCUACCGCAAUCCGUGGCUUUUUUCUCGUCGGUCGAGGUGGACACUGUACUCAGGAAGGACGCGAAGCAGGAUUGCGUCACUCCGUCGAAUCCACACGGUUUGGAGAAGGGCUACGAGGUGCCCAACGGGGAGUCUUUGGAUAUUUAUCAGGCUGUCGAGAAGGCCUGCGGGCAGUACGCCGUUUGGUAUAUGGAGGAUGACGAAUUGAAAAAAUGAGAUAGAGAGAAACGAGCAGAGGACGACUAUAGGAAUGGACCUUUGAUAUUUCGAAUGUUUUCUUGAAUUGUUAGGUUUGCUAUUGCGAGUUCAGUUGAUUAAAGUGUUUUUCAAUGAAUA